UACAAACUGAAAAGGAACUCAGAGACGCAAUGUUUUUUGAAAUACAAAUUUCUACUAUGAUGCAAAAUAAUGCAUCAUUAUCAAGUAAUCAAAAUAAUUUUAUGAAAUUGUCAGUAAAAGAAGUAAUAGAAAAGUGGCCAAGCAUUGAAUGGACUAAAUUCUUGAAUGCACAACCCAAUUUGCCUUUGGAUAUUACAAAUGAAACAAUAAUAAUUAUAAAAAAUACUUAUGACCUAACAAAUUUAGAGAAUCUAGUAAAAAAUACUUCAGCAAAAGUGCGAGCUAAUUAUGCAAUGUGGAAGACGAUUCAAAAUUUGAUUCCGAUGGUCGAAUCAGCGUCCCUAUCUCGAUUGUUGCAAGAUUAUAAUAAAGUUAAGGACCCAUCAUAUGUUUAUAGGCCAUUUAAAUGUUAUGAUGAACUUUCAAAGAAUUUUCCAGAACUCAUGACCGCUUUUUACGGGCGAAAAUACCCAAUUGACAGACUUGCAAAAAUUCAAAUUCAUCAGCUUAUUUCAUUCAUAGAACAACAAUUUUUCGAUACUCUGAAUAGCACAAAGUGGUUAGAUAUGAAGACAAGAGAUGAACUAUUCAAGAGAUUAAAAUCUUUAAAGAUUAUUACUGGCUACCCUGACGAAAUUAUGGAUGAUAGAAAAUUAAAAGAAUACUUCCAAGGACUCAAUAUAACUCAAGAUAAUUUUCUUAAAAAUGUAGUAAAUCAAAAAAUAUUCAAUAAAAAAAAACUUUUUACUUUAAAUCAUAAACCACAAAACUCAGUUGGGUUUAUGGACAAUUUUUACUCGCUUGAUUUAUUUAUAGCUGAUGUUUUUUUCAAUACUGCUACAGAAUCAAUAGUUCUAGGUGUUGAAUUGAUCAGGAACUUGUUCUUCAGUAUCCAUCGUCCGAAUUAUGUUAAUAUUGCCUUGUUCGGAGACAAACUUGCUCACGAAAUAGGGCAUUCUAUCGACUUCUCUUACAUAGAUGCUUUCAAUUCCAAAGUUAACAAUAGCAAAUGGAGUGAAUUGCCGAAGCAAAAAUAUCAUGAUAUACGAGAGUGUAUUGCACAGCAGUACAGCAAUUAUUCUAGUAAAGUAACUGGAAAGAAAGUAGAUGGUGGAUUCUAUCUCCAAGAAAACCUCGCUGAUAAUAUUGGCAUCCAAGUUGCUUAUUCAGCCUAUCAAGAUUGGGUCAAAACACAUGGACCUCAACCAACUUUCUUUAGCUUGCCGUACAACUCGAAUCAAUUGUUUUGGCUAUCAUUCGCUAAUCAAUGGUGCUCAUCGAAAUCGACAUUGCAAAACUGGCGUUUAACCGACGAGCAUCCUUCGCCAGCUCAUCGUGUUAUCAUGCCGCUUUUUAACAGUCCAGAAUUUUCAAAAGAUUUCAAUUGUCCCUCUGGGUCUAACAUGAAUCCAGUUAAAAAAUGUAUUGUAUUUUGAUUAAAAUCAUCAGUCGUCACUUUUCUUCACUUGUUUUGGAAAUUUUUAAGUUUCCGGACUACAUUACUAGAUAAUCAAUUCACUGUAAUU